CAAUUGUGUAUCUCUCGCAGCCAUAGUGCAUGGCGGGAUUUGAUCUCUGCUUGGGACUAUGACAACGAAUCAAAACCAGCAUUAAUCCAACUCAAUGCCUUGCGUAUAGCAGCAUUAAACAAUUAUUAUAAAACUAAGAUGGGGUAGUAAUGUUGAUACAAUAGUUGCUUUCUCAUCAGCUAUAUAUAGCCACCAAUACUAGUUCUAAGUUGCAACCCUGUAAGCAUAAACAACUUCCUAACUAGGAGAAAAGGAAGGUAGAAAGAAGAGUAUUCCAAAGAUGGUAACUUGGGUUUCCACAGCAUUCUUGAUAGUUCUAAGCCUGUGUUUUCAGUCUGAAGCUCUGCUUCAAGUUCAACUUCAAUUAGGGUUUUAUGCAACCUCGUGUCCCCUGGCUGAGGUAAUUGUGAAGGAGGAGGUUGCCAAAGGGAUCGCCAGGGAUACAGGAGUGGCAGCCGGUCUGGUCAGAUUGCAUUUCCACGAUUGUUUUGUUAGGGGCUGUGAUGGAUCGGUUUUGAUCGACUCAACUGCUUCGAACACGGCGGAGAAAGAUGCUCCACCCAACAAAAGCCUUAGGGGGUUUGAAGUGAUCGACAAGGCAAAGGCGAGGCUCGAGACACUGUGUCCCGGGGAAGUGUCUUGUGCAGAUAUAGUUGCUUUUGCGGCAAGGGAUAGCAUUGAGUUAACGGCGGGGCGGGGUUAUGACGUCAGUGGAGGGAGAAGAGAUGGCAGAGUUUCAUUGGCUUCAGAGGUAUUGACAAAUCUUCCAGCUCCUUCCUUUAAUGUCAACCAGCUCACGCAGUCCUUCGCGAAAAAGGGACUAACACAAGAAGAAAUGGUUACACUCUCUGGAGCACAUACCAUUGGCCGCUCUCACUGCGAAGCCUUCAGUAAUAGACUCUACAACUUCAAUGCGACAAACAGCCAGGACCCGAGUCUGGAUCCUGGUUAUGCAGAAUACUUGAAGAAGCAGUGCCCGCAAGGCAGCACAGACCCCACCCUGGUGGUUCCAAUGGACCCCUAUACCCCGGCCGUCACUGACAGAGGCUACUAUAAGGCUGUCGUGGCUAACAAAGGGCUAUUCACUUCGGACCAGACCCUUCUCACAAACCUGAACACAGCCAACCAAGUUUAUCAAAACGCAAAUGAUCUUUUGCGGUGGAGAACCAAGUUUGCUGCUGCAAUGGUGAAGAUGGGUCAGAUUGGCGUUUUAACGGGUGGCGACGGAGAGAUCAGAUCAAACUGCAGGAGGAUCAAUUGAGGAGAGGACCGGAAAAUAUGCAAUCUUAAGCAUGCAUGGGAUAGAUUAUUUGAUUUGUAAUUCUUCAUCUAGUUUGCUAUGAUUUGUUUGUGGGUGUGGGUGUGGGUACUAUGCAGUGGAGAACCAAGUUUGCUGCUGCAAUGGUGAAGAUGGGUCAGAUUGGCGUCUUAACGGGUAGCGACGGAGAGAUCAGAUCAAACUGCAGGAGGAUCAAUUGAGGAGAGGACCGGAAAAUAUUCAAUCUUAAGCAUGCAUGGGAUAGAUUAUUUGAUUUGUAAUUCUUUAUCUAGUUUGCUGUGAUUUGUUUGUGGGUGUGGGUGUGGGUACUAUGCUUUGAUGUGGGAAAUAUAAAAUAAAGUCUUGCACUGCUGCGAUAAUAUUUGUGCUGAAAAAGAUAUAGAAAAUAUCUUUAACAGCUAGCUAAUCUCUUUUGAAUUUUAAUUGCUUAGUUUGAAUAAUAUAUUAAUUCAG